UUCGAUUGUGUGUUUUCUAUAUUUCAAUACUUUAUAGUAGAGAUGGCACGUACAAAACAGACCGCUCGUAAGUCAACUGGUGGUAAGGCUCCGAGGAAGCAGUUGGCAACCAAGGCAGCUCGUAAGAGUGCACCUGCUACCGGAGGAGUCAAGAAACCGCAUCGUUACAGGCCAGGAACCGUUGCUCUGCGAGAGAUCCGUCGUUACCAGAAGAGCACCGAGCUGCUUAUCCGCAAGCUGCCCUUCCAACGUCUCGUACGCGAGAUUGCACAAGAUUUCAAGACUGAUCUCCGCUUCCAGAGCUCCGCCGUUAUGGCUCUCCAAGAAGCUAGCGAGGCUUACCUCGUUGGUCUCUUUGAGGAUACCAACCUGUGCGCCAUCCACGCAAAGAGGGUAACAAUCAUGCCCAAGGACAUCCAGCUGGCUCGCCGUAUCCGUGGCGAACGCGCCUAAUCAAGACCGUUGCUGUCAAGUUGAACCCACCGGCCCUUUUCAGGGCCACCACAUCUUUCCAGAAAUGAUCGCUACUUUUUGCAAUAAAUGGACGUUGUCCAUUCCCUAAGAGCACCGUAGACAAUGCAGACAUGCCAACCAUUACGAUUUGGGCGUAAUUAUUACGAUUUUGGUGUAUUAAUUACGCCUAAGUCAUCCAUUAUUACGACUUUUAGUAAAUUUCAAUAAAUUUUUCAAAAUUAAAAAAUUUUUAAAUUUAAAAUUAAGCACAAGGACACUCAGCUGCUUGGUUACCCGUAAAGUGAGAAUGAGAGCCAUGGGUACCCCGUGCUACAAGGCUGUUCCUUCCAAGGAUGUGUUGCGAAAGGCCAAGAGUGCCUGCUACAACAAACUGAUGUAGACACUGACAGAGGUUUCUGUAGUGGUGUUUGUGUUUAAAAGAGAACAGAUCUUUUGAAUGUUUUUGUGACAGUUAUUCUAGUCAGUGUCACUUGUUCAGCAGAGAACUGUGAAUCUUUGUGAAAGAGUUUGUAGUACACUACAUGUACAUUGUAUAGUCAUUUAUUUCUUCAGCAAACUUUUCAUUUAUUUCUUCAGCAGA